AUGUCCCCCGCUCUCUCUCUCUCUCUCUCUCUCUCUCUCUCUCUUUUACUGUUUUUUUUUUUUUGUUUCCAUUCUGUAUUACGGAUUAUUUGUUUGACUCUCUCUUUCUUUUUCUCUAUAGCUGUAUCUGUCUUGCUCUCUCUCUCUCUCUCUCUCUCUCUCUCUAAUACUAGUUUUCUUUGUAAUUCUUUUGUUUUCUCUCUUGCUCUUAUUCGGAUCCUAUAUAACUCCUCCUAUAUGAUUCACUUUCUGACUCUCUCUUUCUCUUGCUCUUCCCCCCCUCUCUUAUUUCAUUAUUUGCUUCUCUCCCCUUUCUCUCUCGCUCUUAUUCUGUUUCCCCCUCUUCCGCUAAUACUGGAUUCUGUGCUUGACCUUCCUUCUCUAUAUCUAUCUUUAUCUCUCUCUUUCUUACCCCCUCUUAUUCUAAUGCUACUGACUCUCUCUCUCUCUCUCUCUCGCUCUGCCAUUUCAUCUAAUUCUUUCUCUCUGCCCCCCUUUCUACCACUUUAUCUGUUGCUUACUCUCUCUCUCUACCUGUCGGCCAUUUUAUCUGUUUCCUUCUCUCUCGCCUUCUGUCUCUGCUACUUCAUCUAUUCUUUGCCGAACUCUCUCUCUCUCUCUCUCUCUCUGUGCAUCUUUAUCUGUUUUUUCAUUCCCUCUAUAUCUCUCUCUUUCGCCUUCUCUCUUAUUUUAAUACUGUGUGACUAUCUGAUUCUCUCUCUCCCUAUGUUAUUCUAA